AUGACGCAUCUUUUACACUCGCAGCGCAUUCCGGAUGAGCUCGCCAAGGGGAUCGGCACCGGGGAGGCCCGCGUCGUCGGCCCGUCCGGCGGCAAGGUCAAGGUCUGGCGUGUCGAGGCCGGGCGGGACGGCGACGGCGCCUUCCUGGGGCGCGGGUGGCCGGAGAUCGCGGCCGCAUUCAGCGUUGGGGACAGGUGGUUCUUGGUCCUCCAGCACCACGGCGGCGGCAUCCUGACCCUCAAGGCGUUCGAUGCCAGCGAAGCAACCACAAGCAGCAAAGAUGUUUCCCAUAGGCCGCAGUUCGUCAGUGUGCUUCCACACGAUUUCAUGGAAAAGAUGCUAAUACCGGCUAAGUUUGUGGAACAUUACAUCCCUGAAGAGCACAAGAACAGUCGUAUGGCCAUGGUUCUUGUGUCUCAUGACGUCACUCAAGCUAAUGCUCUGCUGCUGAAGUACGAAGGCAACAUGGUUUUCACAGUCAGAGUGUUUGGCCCUGAUGGAUUCCAGAGAGAGUCCAAAGACAAGGACAUCAGAAUUCAGCAAGUUGAACAAAAGAUAAAUCCUUCUAUGGUAGUUUUUGAAUCUGUUAGCAGUGGUUAUGAAUGCGAGUAUUUGCCAUAUGCCUUUUGUGAUGCAAUUGGACUACGGGAACCUUGCACCAUCACGCUGAAGACCUCAAUGAGCAGCACCAGGUCUUGGCAGGUGCUUGUUGUCCCCAACAAGAAUAGCAGCCACUAUGUUCGGGGUCUGGAUUGGAAGAGGUUCUGCGAGGAGAAUGAGAUCAAGGUUGGUGAUGUCUGCACUAUCAGCAUUGUUGAAACCACCCUGUGGCACGUCGCACGUCAAUAA